ACAGACGCCCGGCGCCUGAUAAAAGGUCCGCAGAAUUGGAGCUGUCAAACAGCCCUUUCGGCCUAUUAAUGAAUACCCAAACGAGACGGCAGCGUCCAGGUUUUCACGUCGUCAGAUGUUGCGGUGAGAGAAUUUUCUCGAAAAGUUCUAUAUCAGAAGAAGAAAAGACAACUCAUGUCGUCAUCAAGCAGCGCCGACGAAGUAAGGGGCCCACAGCGACAGAACAAAUCUCGGCUGAGUGUGAACACUGAACAGUAAAUAGUACAAGAUUCGCAACAGUGCGAACAGAUGUGACAUUUUUCAUCCAAUUUGGCAUGCUGUUCUCGUCCAUGUGACCAACACUGAUGUUUGUACAGCAUGACAGUCCUGAAGCAGUUGCCAGAAGAAUAUCUAUCUACAACAGCAUUCAAAAGUUCAGUAACCAGUGCUGUCUGACUGCACUAGAUUACCUUGGUGCUGAAGUCACUUGCUGAACAUUUUUAAAAUUUGGCUAUGCAAUGCCAGUGAACCUUUGCAAUAGUAUUUUAUGUUGUAAUCAAAAACUUGAAGUGAAAAGAGUUUCAGUGCAGAGUUUCCAUUGAGGAUGCAUUUGCUUGUCUAUGUGCUUGUGGGAAUUAUUUUCAAGAGUCAUGGGUACUAUUCAGAAGUUACACACUACAAAGACUGGAUGGGGAAGCUGAAAACAAUUCGUAACGGAAUUCAUAAAAUUGACAUGUAUUUAAAUGCAGCACUGGAUUUAUUAGGUGGAGAGGAUGGGAUCUGCAAGUACAAAUGCAGUGAUGGAUCUAAGCCAACUCCUCGCUCCAAUUAUAAGCCUCCUCCACCCAAUGGAUGUGGCUCUCCUAUGUUUGGAGUUCAUCUAGAUGUAGGAAUCCCUUCUAUGACGAAGUGUUGCAACCAGCACGAUCGUUGUUAUGAUACUUGCGGAAAUGCUAAAAAGGACUGUGAUGAAGUAUUUCAGUACUGUCUGUCCACAAUCUGCAGGAAUGUACAGAAAACAUUGGGCAUGGAUUCAACUGUACAAGCCUGUGAUCAUGCUGUCGAGUUGCUUUUCAAUGCAGUUAUGCAUUUGGGAUGCAAACCCUAUCUGGAUAGCCAGCGGGCUUCGUGCAAGUGUGCAUAUGAGGAAAAAGUCGACCUCUGAUGUAAAGAUUGAUUUUUUUUUUCCUCUCAAUAGGAUGAGCCUUUCAUUUGGAGCUGAAAAAAAUCCACUUUUCUCAGGACACUUAAUUAUGCACUAAAGGAUACAAUACAUAAAAUUGUCUAACAAAUUCUGUUGUUUGGAAGAUUUUCAUCUAACGUUCAAUGUUCUUUCUAUUUUAUGUAUCUUUAAGUUUACAUAACUCAAGAUGUGAAUUAUUACAUGUUUCUGGCAUGGUGUCUCAAAGAUGAAAGCACUAGGACAUGGUUUUAAAGGCCAUAGGCUCAAGCUCAUGCUCUGAAUUCCAUCUUGUCUUUUUAUGUAGACCUGGUUAAAAAGAAACUCAUUUGCUCUCUUGGUUCUACUCCAUGCUAAACCAGCAUGGAAGAGAAAUGAAUUAACUGACCCUGCUCAUGCACUACCUAGUGGCAGAUUUCUAAAUGACACCUCAUUGGAAGUUAAACUGGGUGUGAUACUCAAAGAAAUUGCAUAAAUUCAAUAGUUGUGGAUGGUUUUCAGAUGUUUUAAAUAGAUCUUAAAUCAAGAUUAACUGAAUCUGAACUAAAUGCCUUUAUAUAAUUCAAGUAGAGAGAAACACAGUUGAGAUUUAAAGUUGAAUGUCAUUCCAAGAACAACCUUAUUCAGCAUUCACUUUGAUUUUCUCUCCACAGGUACUACCAGAUCUGCUGAGUAUUUUCAGCAUUUUCUGUCAGUUGGAAUCCCAUGCAUUUGAAAACUAAUGUCAACUAGCUGUAAUGUUUUAACUAGCUGUGACAUGAAAUGUGAAAUAAUGAGUCGUGAAAUGACUAGCAACCCAGAUCAUUGAGUGAAUGAUUGCGAGCAUAUUGCUGGAAAUCGGAAGUGAGAAAAAUGGAUCUGUAGCUGAGCCCAUGUUCCUUUUAAAAUGUUUGCAUAUUUGGUCUGGGUUUAGAUUAUCUUGCUAAUAGUUUUCUUUCGUCCUGUCCUUAGGCAGAAAUGUACGAUUUUUAACAUUCCUUUUGAUAAUUUGGGAUGUCCAGAUUUUGUUUUUGUUAAUAAAGAAUUUGUAUCAAAGAGCUUAAAUUUGCUUGGCAUCUUUUUCAAUUGUCGAACAUCUGGAAUAUUUCACCACUAUUGAAUCAUUUUUAAAAUAUGCAAACAUAGGCAAAUAUAUGGGCUACUUGUGCAUACAAUGUAUUGACAACACACAGCAAUAGAAUGUGACAUCAAUUAAUCAGUUUUAAUGAAUGAGAAUGAAUUUUGACCAGGACUCUGGGAGGCUUUCUUCAUUGCUUGUAAAGAGACAUGGAAUGUCAACCACCAUUUGAACAAGUAAAAUGUAAAUGUUAAAUGGAAAGACAGGACCUGAAACGGCUGUUAAAUUUCACUGUCAAUUUCUUUGUACAAAUGUGUCUUGUAUAUUUUAAAAUUCUAACUUAAGAUGUUUAAUCUUGAAUUAAUAUACUAAUGCUUUAGAAUAUUGCACUCAUUUGUACCCUGCCUAUUGGCUCGCUGUCUGAUGAUAUUUCAUUCUGAGCUGUUUUCUAGGUAGAUUUUCUGAAUGAAGGUUUGCCCUUGCUUUCCAUUCUUCGGUCAGGCUGAAGAGCCAGGUCCCAACUCCGUCUUUUGGAAUAGGAAUCGAGUCCACAUCGGCUAUGAAAUUACAACAUUUAAGGAAUUUGUAUCUUUCUCUCCAGCCACUACAAAGCAAAUAAUUUUCUUUACCUUUAGGAAUAUGUUCUCUCCACUUUUUGUUUAAUUUUAUUUGGGGCCUACAUAUGGCAACCUGCAUUGAAAAUUAACCAGUCUUAGAAAUGUGCUAAGCUACUUUUGCUAUAAAACCUAGGUGCCGAAGUAGGUCAUUCAGCUCAUCAAAUCUGUUCUGUCAUUCACAGAUCAUAGCAGAUAUGAUAAUCCGUAAUUCCACUCCCUUGCUUUUUUCCCCAUAAUCCUUGAUUCCUUAAUAACUAAAACAUCUGUCUAUCUCAGCCAUCGAUAUACCUAAUGAUUCAGCCUGUGCAGCUAUCUGCAGCUCUCAGAAUCUAGAGAUUCACGACUCAGAGAAGAAUUUCUUCAUCUUUGUAUUGCAUUGGCUACCCCUAAUUCUGGGAUUUUGUCCUCUGGUCCAAGACGCUCCCACAAGGCAUCCACCCUAUCAAGCGUCCGAGGAAUCUUCAUGCCUCAAUAAGGCGUCUCCUCAUUUUUCUAAACUCUGAGUGCCAGCCAAGCCCAGCCCACUCAAGAAAAAAAUCUAUUCAAGCCCCGAAUCAAACGAGUGACCUUUUUCUGGACUGCCUCCAAAUGCUAGUGUAUCUUUCCGUCAAAUUAAUGACCAAACGGUUCACAGUAUUCUAGGUGUGGCCUAUCAAGAACCUUGUUUAGUUUUAACAAGACUUACCUAUUUUCAUACUCAUUUCCUUUGAAAUAAUGGCCAACAUUGAAUUUGGCUUCCCUGUUACCUGGUGAACCUGUAUGUUAGCUUUCUGUGAUUUAUGAUAAGGAUCCCAGAAUUCUGUGUGUUGUAAUUUUCUGCAGUCUUUCUCCAUUUAAAUAAUUUUCAUCUCCUUUUUAUUUUCAUGCCAAAUGUAUAACCUCACAUUUUCCCGCAUUAUAUUCUAUCCGCCAAUCUUGUGUAUACUAACACUAUAUCCAUCUGCAGACUUGGUCACCACUUAACUUCCCACCUAAUUUUGUGUCAUCACAAGCUGUAGGGCUGCGGUUGGUUUUUAACUGCCCUCUGGGAUUGGCAAUGAAUGCUGGCCUUGCCAGUGAAGCCCUCAUUCGAUGACUUUUUUUUAAAAUCCAUCAAAAUGCUAUCCCUGUGGUCCAGAAAUCUACCAAUUUCUGUCUGAAACGUACUCAGUAAUUGAGCUUCCACACCUGGAGGGGUGAAUUCCAAAGGUUCACCACCCCCCGAGUGAAGAAAUCCUUCCUAGUCUUGGUGUUAAACAGCCCGGCCCUUAUUCAGAGACCAUGCCCCUUGCUGUCAGAUUCACCAACCACAUGAAAUAUCCUAUCCAUGUCCACAUCGUCAUAUGCUGUAAGAAUCUUGUUAAGCUUCAAUGAGACCAUCGCUCAUGCUUUGAAAUUCCAGACAACACGUAUCCAGUUUCCUCAAUCUGUCAUAAAACAAUCGCAGGGAUUAGACUGGUGAACCCUUGUUGCAUUCCUUCACAGUCAAGGAUAUCCUUCCUUCGAUAGAGACACCAGAAUUGUACACGAUAUUCCAGGUAUUGCGCUCAUGUUAUAAGCAAGUCACCAAGAUAUUUUUCAAGACACAGUAAGUAUUUGGCUAGAAGCGCACGACAUGAAGUCUUGAUGAAUCAUUUAAACCUGUUUAAUACAGUGCUCGAUGAUUAAAUUGCUCUGUGUUCGUUGGUUGGCCAAUCUGUUUCUGCUCUGCUAUUUGAUUUAAGCAUGGGUGUAGCCCUGGGAGAUGGAGGAAACGGAAGCUUCCAGAAAUACUUAAGAACUCUAAUCUGGGAAAAUGUGUAGAGAGAUUUUUGUGCUGGCUGAUAUUUUUAAGCAGUGUAAAUAAAUCUGAUGUAGAUACUUUUAAUUAACCUGCUCAGACAUGUUACAAAAGGAUGCCUUUGGAGUAAGUGGGACUUGAACCCAGGGCUUGUGGCUCAGAGGUAGUGACACUGCCACUGUGCUUCAAUAAAGAACUAGCAUAUUUAUAACAUUUUUUUAGAAGCACAGGAAAACCUCAGAAGAUCUGGCAGCAUCUGUGAAGAGCAAAAAAGUGUUAAAAGACUUGUUCACUAUAGGUAUCAUAUCUGAAUUGUCCUACGGUAAGAGAGCAAUGCAAAAUGUAUUGCAAAUUAGUAAAUACACAACAUUUAAGUUCUACAAAUAACAACCAAUGAACAUUAUCAAUACAAGUUAUAAGGAACUAGCAAAGAAAUGAUUCUUGUCACUCUAUAAAACUCUGGUUAGACCACACUUGGAAUAUUGUGUUCAGUUCUGGUCACCUCAUUAUAGGAAGGCUGUAAAAGCUUUCGAGAAGGUGCACAGGAGAUUUACCAGGAUGCUGCCUGGACUGGAGAGCAGGUCUUGUGAAGAAAGGUUGAGGGAGCUAGGGCUUUUUUCAUUGGAGCAAAGAAGAACAAAAGGUGACUUAAUGGAGGUUUACAAGAUGAUGAGAGGCAUAAAUAGAGUGGAUAGUCAGAGACUUUUUUACAGGGCGGAAAUGACUAUUACGAGAGGGCAUAAUUUGAAGGUGAUUGGAGGAAGGUAUAGGGGAGAUGAAAGAUGUAGGUUCUUCACACAGAAUGGUGAGUAAAUGGAAUGCGCUGCUGGCAGUGGUAGUGGAGUCCGAUACUUUAGAGACUUCUAAACGACUCUUGGAUAGGCACAUAGAAGAUAGUGAAAUGUAGGCUACGCUGGAUGGAUUGAUCUUAGUUGGAUAAUAGGCCAACAUGACAUUGUGGGCUGAAGGGCAUGUGCUGGACUGUUCUGCGUUCUUAAAACCUGAUAAUUCUGGUUGGUUGAGUUUGCAGAGUGUUUAAAAUGUUGUAUGUGCCAAGAUCAGCUGAGAAAGCAAGAAGUAACAUCUAGAGGCUGCAGAGAGAACGUAUCCCAGUCUCAGUACUGUGUAGGAAAAGACAGGAAACCCAGAAAGUUGGAAGAAACAUAUUUAAACAAAAAAAAACCUCAGUUCACCUGAGCAAUCAUUGAAUUGAAGAACAACCAUCAUCCUACAUAUUAACAGCGUGACAUCAUUGCAAUACUCAAAAGGAAUGAGGAAAAUAACAUUGCACCUUGUGCUCUGGAUUUUUGGUGUUCAUCAUUUUAUGUAUCCUGUCUAUAUUUAUUUUCAUCCAUGGCAUAUGUCUUAAACCACUAGUCUUUCAUCUGUCUUAAUUUUGAUUUUGUGUGUGUGUGCAAGCGAGAGAGAGAGAAAUUCUUUUCACAUCUCUUGUUAAAGUUAAGUGUGUGUGACCAGAAAAUGUUUUACUAUUCUAAAGAAACCUGACAAAUGAAUUGCUUUUCUCUUGAGUAGCAGUCUGGCAAAUUGAUGAUUCAUAUAUGAAACCUUGGGGAUGAAUAUUAACCCACUCUUCCCAGCUCACAGAUGUUUGCAGUCUUAUUGGUUCCAGGUCUUUUGAAUGAGAAUGAAGUGAUGUUUGGAUGUGGAGUCUGUGGAAGGCGUCAAGGAUAAAUGAAGAGAGAGCAUGCUUCUUACCCAAAAGUUGUUUUUAAAAAAAUUUGCAAUUGCAAGAAUUAAGACAAAAUAGAUUUACAUUGACCUGAUAAAAAAGCUAAUUUGGUGGAAUUCACUCUCUGCAAUGAAAGCCAAAGUAUUUAUAUACAGGAAAAGUGGAGAAUACAUCUGGCUUCCAUUUUACAGUGUGCAGAUAGAGUUUACAUGGAAUUAUGGACCACUGAUAGCAGGAUUUGUUAAGAAAUUACCCCUGGAUGGAGUUGACUUAUUCCUAGGUAAUGCUUUGGCUCGUAAAAGUUAUAACUUCACCUGUAAUCACUGAGAGCCCAAAUGAGGUUAAAGAGGUUACAGGAGGAAGUUCCAGUAUCAUUUCAUUGUGUGUGUGAGAUGAUCAGUAAAUUGGCAAAACAAAGCCAUUGGGCAGCCUGGUGGCUCACUGGUUAGCACUGUUCCCUCACAGCACCAGGGACACGGGUUCAAUUCCACCCUCGGGCAAUUGUCUGUGUGGAAUUUGCACACUCUCCCUGUGUCUGUGUGGGUGUCCUCCCGCAGUCCAAAGAUGUGCAGGUUAGGUGGAUUGGCCAUUCUAAAUUGCCCGUAGUGUUCAGGGAUGUGUAGAUUAAGUGGGUUAUAGGGUGAUGGGUCUGGGUGGGAUACGCCAAGGGUUGCUGUGGACUUGUUGGGCCAAAAGGCCUGUGACUACACUGUAGGGAUUCUAUGAUUAAAGUCCAUCACCAGUCAAAGUCCUUCCUCAAGCAGGAAAAUCUAUAAUAUCAAGACUGAGUUCUGGAUGCUUUUGAGAUGAGGACUUGAAAUUAUAAUAGUGACAACAACUAAAUAUUUAUUCCUUACACAAUAUACAGAGAGAUGGUUAAGCAGGAUUUCUUUAGAACUUUCUUCUUUCAGGACCCUGCUCAAUGUGAUGAGACUUCAUGUGACAUUACUAAUGAUGUGCUCUAUGGCUAUAAGCGUAACAGCUAUUAACCACUGAUGCUAUACCUAUCCCCCAAAUCCCUCCCUUUAUUUACAUUUCAUGUGCCUCUCACUUCUAUCAACACCCAUCAAUGGCUUCUUCCCCAAAGCAUCAAUCUCAUCUUGUUUUGAGUCAUAGAUAUAUACAACACGGAAACAGACCUUUCAGCCCAAUCCUUCGGACCAGAUAUCCUAUGUAAAUCUAGCCGCAUUUGUCAGCAUUUGGCCCAUAUCCUUCUAAACGCUUCAUAUUCAUAUACCCAUUCAGAUGCUUUUUAAAGAUUGUAAUUGUACCCACCUCCACCACUUCCUGUAGCAGCUCAUUCCAUACAUGCACCACUCUGUGUGAAAAAGCUUUUAUAUCUGUCCCCUCUCACCUUAAACCUAUGUCCUCUAGUUUUGGACUCGCCCACUUUGGGGGAAAAAGACCAAAGAAGUGUAUGGGUUCCACUGUUUUCUCCUUUAGAAUGCAAAGACAUUGGCAGAUUGGAAUACUAACUUCUUACAAUAGCUCCUGCCUGACUUGUGAUACCGUGACAAUCCUACCACAAAAGCAGUAAAGUCCAAGUAAAGAAGAGCUGAUUCAAAGGACAAAUGUUAAGGGUUGGAAUAAUUUUUUUAGUUGCUUUUCCUUUGCACACUGAGGAAAUAUUAAAUCACUAGCUCACAAAAUGAAGCACUUCUUACUUCUAUGAACUAUAUCAACGCUGUAUCAGCCAUUGCUGCUGCAAGGUUUUAAGAACUAUUCAGCACCCAGUCAAGAAUGAAUUUGUUGGACGAAGAGAAAAACAAAAACUAUAUUGAAGACUAUUCUAAUGAUAAAAAGUGAUCAUUUCCCUAUUACUUCAAGUGUAAGGGUAGUGCUUUAGCACACUGUUCAGCUUGAGACUGUUUCUGCAGACAAUGAUAUCCGAUGAACUCUACCAGAAAGUAAGAUUUCACCAUCAUUUGACAAUAGAAUAAACAUGCUGAUUUGCAGAAAUUUGACCCUCUUUGAUACUGACAUUGGGGUUAAUGGAAACUCCUCCAUAGUAUGGUGCGGAAGAGAUUUACCAGGAUGUUGCUGGAUAUGGAAGGUUUGAGUGAUAAGGAUAGGCUGUGACUUUGUUCAUUGGAACAUGGAAAGUUGAGAGGUGAUCAGAAAGAAGUUUUGAAAAUAAUGAGAGGUAUAAAUAGAGUUAAUGGUAGUUGUCUUUUCCCAAGAAUGGGGGAAUUUCAAGACAAGGGGACACAUUUUUAAGGUGAGAUGAGAGAGAUUUAAAAAGGACAUGAGGCAAAACUUCUACACAGGAUGUUUAGCAUGUUGAAUGAACUUCCUGAGGAACAGGCAAGAUGCAGAUACAAUUACAAAGCUUAAAAGACACUUGGAUCGUUGUAUGAAUAGGAAAGGUUUGGAGGGAUAUGGGCCAGGAGCAGGCAAAUGGGACUAGUUUAAAUUGGUAUUAUAUUAAUCAUGGACUUGUUGGACCGAAGGGUCUGUUUCAUUGCUGUGUGACAUUAUUCUGAGCUCCGGAAAAAAAAAUGGGUGAUUAGCCGUCACAAAGUGGGAAUGCCCAAAUAUCAUAAAGAAAUAACGUGAGUAGCCUGUGAAAUUGCUAUGGCAGGGCGUGUUGGAAUAUGGAAAUCUCAAGCAUCAAUACAACUUACUUGGCCAAAAUGUCUUAAGAACAUAGCGCAAUUUUGUAAAACGUACCGUUCCUGUCAGGUGAUGGAAAAGCGUCAAUAUGCAAUCAAACUGACACUGCUGGGUUUUGUAGAACCAUUCAGUCAAACGUUAGUAGAUUGUGUAAGCCAUUACCAAAACUGAAGGCAGACCACUGUCUAGAAUUUUUCAGGACACAAGUAAUCUGGGUAUUAAAACAGUUAAAGUCUACUGCAUAGCAUCCACAAACACGGGGAGCUUGGAAAGGUACCGUCAGACUCCCGAAACAAUGAUUAAUGCCUAUUGCUAUGAAUGCCCACAAGAUUGAGAGAAAGGGCUAGAUUUUGUAUUCUUUGCUACAGGUGAUUAUUCCAAUGAAUCUCCUGGGCUUUGUGUGUUCAAGUAGACCCAUGUUCAUGAGAUAUUAGGCCAAUAACAUUAAAUAAGGAAAUGUUUUUAAUACAAAAAGAAUCUUAAUGAUAGAUUAUGGGGCCAUGUUUUUAAAGAGAUUCUCAGGAGCAUAAACAUUGCAGAAGAGCAAAGAUAAAGGAAUGAGUAGACACGUGCUAAAAUUAGAAUGUUUCAAACAGAUGUUGGCAUAUUAAUGCUAUUACCUUUACAAAAUGAACCUCUGCAAUCAACAUUUGGUUCUCCGUACAAGGUUAUUAAGAGGGAUAGUAACGCAAUUAAUGUGUUAGGUAUUCUAGGUUGCAGGAAGAAGAAUUAGUUUUGUCAUGUGUAUAUGUUAAAACUAUGUCUGGUGUCAAGAGUAACGUGGAUGACAGAUCGUAAUUCACUAACUUUGGAAGGGAAAUUUGAGAUGCUCAAUGUAAGAUUGUUCCAAUGGAGUUUAUUGAUUCACCCAUUCAAUCAAAAAGAUGAUCACAUUAUUGCAAAAGAUAAUGUAAUAGCUGAUAUAUUUUUAAGAAAUGUGUACUGAAAUAGUUUUGAGAAUUUGGAAAGAAAAUAACAAAUUGUUUAAAUUCUGUCUAAGAAAUGAGUGAAUAUCAAUGAUAUUUUGUUUCAUUUGUUAUUGUCCAUAUGUUAUCUUUACCUGUUGGUUAGCUGAGUUGGUUGGAUGGCAGAGUGAUGCCAACAGUAUGGGCUCAAAUCCUGCACAGUUUCAGGCUACCAUGAAGGACUGUCCUCAGCUGAAAUGUGGUAUCUGUCAGGUUAACACAGAUUGAGGUUAAUAAAAUGACAAGGGGGCGUAUGUAAGGUAGUGACAAAGUUCUUCACCCUCAGUGGGGGAGUUCAAAACUAAGGUGAGAGGAGAAAGAUUUAAAAAUGACAUGAGGUUUACCUUUUCUUACAAGUAGGGUGGUUUGUGUGUGGAAUGAACUACAAGAGAAAGUGGUGGAUGCAGGUACAGUUACAACAUUUAAAAGACAUUUGGAUAAGUUCAUGUAUAGUAAAGGUUUGGAAGGAUAUGGGCUAAGUGCAGGCAAGUGGGACUAGUUUAAUUUGGGAAUAUGGUCAACCUGGACUGGAUGGACCGAAGAGUAUGUUUCUUUGCUGUAUGACUUUCUAAUAAGGGAGCAGUUCUAUAGUCUCACAAGACUACAGUAGUUUCUUUAUACAUUUAUACACUUUCUUACAAUUUGUGGAACAGCAGGUAAUGAUUAAUGCGACACUUCCUAUUUAACCUUAGUUUCUUGCAGUGAGUUAAAUUUAAUGCAAGAACACAGCUGCAGCAUCUCUUAAAAUUCUUAGAGGUCAAUGUUUUUAAGUUUAAAUUACCCCAUCAAUUUGUAGUGACUUGCAAGUAAACUCAAGGUUAUUCUACCUGACAAAAAAUACCGGGUUAUUUACAAAAUAAUGGUAUGAGCAUUAAACCUGUUAUGUUCCCAGCAAUUUCUGACAAAUUAAGUACCAUGUAGAUGAUGCAUUAAGGGGAAAACCUUUGCAAAACAUUGUUUCACUAAAUUUGUUACAGAAAGCAUUCAUCUUGAGGUCUAAAAUUGUGUCAUAAUGGCUAUUCCCAAGUAAGAGAAAGCUGGUACAGUAUUUAAGUAGGCACAAAUACACAAUUAUAUACAACCUACUAGUAAUGAUUUAAUAUUAAAUAUUUUAGUUUUUUUUAUUCCCCUUCAGGUGUUUAUUGCUAAACAGAGCGUUAUCCUGUUUUUCCUGUUUCUAAAGAAGGGUCUAGGCCUGAAACGUCAGCCUUCCUGCUCCUCUGAUGCUGCAUGGCCUGCUGUGUUCAUCCAGCUCUACACCUUGUUAUCUCAGAUUCUCCAGCAUCUGUAGUUCCUGCUAUCCUUGACUCAUAAAAUGUCUGUUUGUUUUUAAAUAUGCUGUCUUAUGGUAAUAAA